CGGACAGCAGCUCGGAGGGUUCGUGUGCCUCGGAGGAGAACAGCAGCAGCCGGGGGAGCAGCGAGGAGACGUCCAGCCGCAUGCAGCUCAGCACCUCCAUGGCCUUCUCCGACCUGACCGAGGACAUACUGGACGGGGCCACCGAGGGGCUGAUGAGGGAGAUGGAGGAGCUGCGCUCAGAGAACGACUAUCUCAAGGAUGAGGUUGAAGAGCUGAGGUCAGAGAUGUUGGAAAUGAGAGACGUCUAUAUGGAGGAAGAUGUUUAUCAGCUGCAGGAGCUCCGGCAACAGCUGGAACAAGUGCACAAGACUUGCCGAAUCCUGCAGUACCGGCUGAAGAAAUCCGAGCGCAGAGGGCUGAGGGUGGCACAGACGGGACAGGUCGACUGCGAAUUCAUCAACACCCUCGAGCAAGAUGUCAAGGUGGCCAAAGAUGUCUCUAUUCGCCUCCACAAUGAACUGGGAGGGGUGGAAAAGAAAAGAGCAAAAUUGGAGGAGGAGAAUGAAGAGUUGAGGCAACGACUGAUCGAGACCGAUCUGGCCAAACAAGUACUGCAGAACGAGAUGGACAAAUUUAAGGAGAACUCUUUAAAAAAGAGAAGGUCGGGGAAAGUGGAGAAGAAACCACCUCAGGAGGACAACGCCGAUCUCAAAUGUCAGCUGCACUUUGCAAAAGAGGAGUCUGCUUUAAUGUGUAAGAAGCUAUCAAAAUUUGCAAAGGACAAUGACACCAUGAAGGAAGAACUGAUGAAGUACAGGUCCAUGCAUGGAGACCUAGAUAGUUCAUUGUCCAUUGAUGAACUGGCCAACACUUCACAUUCUAGAGAAGCUGAGCUAAAGUCGCAUCUGAAGCUUGUUGAAGAGGAAGCCAACCUCCUGAGUCGAAGAAUGGUAGAACUUGAGGUUGAGAAUAGGGGUUUAAGGGCUGAAAUGGAUGAGAUGAAAGUUCAUGCCGAUAGAGAUCAUCUUGGUCAGGAUUCAAGAUUUUCUUUCUUGUCCGGAGAGUCUGGAGACAGUUUUGUGGAGCUCAGACGGCAUCUGCAGUUUGUGGAAGAAGAAGCGGACCUUCUCAGGAGAUCUAUGAUGGAGUUAGAGGACCAAAACAAGCUGCUGAUGAAUGAGCUCAAUAAAUACAAGUCUGACCAUGACCUGGACAUAACCUUGUCGGAGGACAGCUGUUCUGUCAUCAGCGAACCUUCUCAAGAGGAACUCGCAACUGCCAAAAUGCAGAUCAGCGAACUCGGUGGCAAAGUCAAGAAACUCCAGUAUGAGAAUCGGGUACUUCUUUCAAAUCUUCAACGCUAUGAUCUGGCAUCAUGUCAAACCACAAAACCCUUCAUGGAGACGGAUGCUGAAGCAGGAGAUUCUGCUCAAUGCGUCCCAACACCUCUCUGGCGAGAAGGGCCAAUUGGUGGGGAAAUGGAUUCUACAGAUUCAAAAGAAUGCACGGGCAAGGGAACGGUUAAAUCUCCAGAAACUUGUCACACGUCGCCGUCCAGGUUACCAAAGAUUAAAGAGCUGGAAAGUCUCUUUGGCAUUCGAACACAAGUGGAAUUGAUCAGCAAAGCAAUUGAGGUUUUGACAUCUUAUGCCAAUGGGUUUCCAUCCGGUAUAAAGCUCUGCACAAAUAAUGACUGUCGGGACCUCUUGUUGACAGAAGCUAUUGAUAAUAGUGAAGUCACCAGCAACUCCAAACUGAUCAGUGCCAUUUUUAGUAGACUAGGUGUGCUGCAACAAGAAUUAAACAGUUUUACCAAGAAAGUCGAUGCCCUUGGAGAGCCAUACAAAGGACUGCAGGAUUCUUCCUUACCACUACCAGAUAGUACCUAUCAAGGGACCACGAACGACUCGUCCAAGAAAGAGCACAUCUCCAGUUUACAGCAGCCCGAGUGUAGGAACUGCCGAGAGAAGGAGACGUCUGGCUGGGAGAAGAUGGAUGGGGAUCACAGUACUGACCACGUGAGAGGCUAUAACACCUAUCAGCCUGAAGACAACGAGUCCUUUGCAGCAGAGAUUCAGGACCUGCAGCUGGUGCUGUCUGAAGCCAAUGAGACCAUUCAGGGGCUGCAGGAGCAGCUGUCACAGGAGAGACAGUUGAGGAAGGAAGAUGAAGAGGCCUUCAACCAGAAAAUUGUCCAGCUGAAGGAAGACCAGCAGAAACUGCUCCUAAGGCGAGACUUUGAGCUCCAGAGCCUGGGUCUGGAGAGGAGACUGGAGCAGAAGUUCUGGAGCCAGGAGAAGAACAUCCUAGUGCAGGAAGUCCAGCAGUUCAAGCAGAGCUUCUUCCUGACCUUCAUGAAGCUCAGGUGGUUUCUACAGCGUUGGCGGAAGGGGAAGGUCCUGCCAAGCGAAGGAGAAGACUUUCUGGAGGUAAACUGUGUGAAGGAACUUUACAUGCUCAUAGAGGAGGAGGAAUUAAACGGCCCAUGCACGGAUUACAAAGCCUGCGAAGGGGAAAGUUGGCCGCAGAAUAUGACAAUUGAGUCCAUGAAAACCGUCUCUGAUGUUAAGAGAAUCCUCAAAGACCUUUGUAAUGAAUUGCAGGAAGAAAGGAGAGGGAUGAAUGAGCUUCAACAGCAGUUUGCAAGAGCCAAAGCAGCCUGGGAGAUAGAGAGGACGGAGCUGAAGCUGGAGUGCGGGAAGCACGGUAUAGACAGGAACUCCACUGAUAUCAAAGCUGCUCUGAAACGGGAGCGAGAAGAGCACCAACAUCUCCUGGCAGAGUCCUACAGCGCCGUCAUGGACCUCACUAAGCAGCUGCAGGUCAGCGAGAAGAACUGGGGGCAGGAAAAGGAGGAGCUGCUGGCUCGCUUCCAGGAGGAGCGCAAGAAAACAGAGGAGCAAGUAACAGAGCUGCAGGGGAAGCUCAAGCAGAAAGAAGGAGAGACGUGGGUUAGAGGCCCAGAACGAAAGAGCAGCUGCUGGAAGGAGGCUCUCAAUGACAAUAUGCAGGAUAAAGAUAUUGACUGUGACAUGGAUGCUAAUGGGUCCGGUUUAAAAAGAACAAAGUCUGUAUCGUCCGUGUUGGAGUUUGAGAGUCUGCUGGACAGUUCUCCUUAUGUGCCUGGAAAAUUGCCCUCUAAUUAUGAGGAGAGUAAAGGGAUGAAUGGAGUCCUAGACUCCCAGCACCUGGUCAACGGUUCUAUAGAGCCAGACCUUGGCCAGAAUUGCUGUGCAUACGUGAAUGACAAGUCCUCGUCUGAGCACUCUGCGAAGGACAGGCUGGGAAUUUCUUCUUGGGAUUACACAAUGGAUAAGACCGGGAACAACAGAGAGUCAGGUCACAAGCAAAUACAGAGAAGCCACACUGCCCCGGACAGAACAGGCAUUAGGAUUUACUAUAGUCCACCGGUGGUGCGCAAACUGGAUGCUCCUUUGAUCCACAAUAAAGAAAAGAUUAUGGUAGAACCAGGAUUCCUUUUCACCAUGGCAAAGCCUAAAGAAUCAGAGAAUUCAGAAUGCAUGUCUGGAAAUUCCUACAGCCAGUGGUUGUGCAACUUCUCCAAGAAGCAGAGGGAUCUACUGGACAAAGACAGCACUGAGGACCUUUCAUCUGUUCCUGCCUUCCCAUCUCCAUUGGGGGAAUUAGAGAUCUCGGGGAACAUGAGCGAUGACAUGAAAGAGAUCACCAACUGUGUUAGGCAAGCUAUCCGCUCUAGCUCCCUGGAAAGAAAGACCAAAAGCACAUCCAGCCAGACAGUUUGCACCAUAGGAGUCCAGACGAUCCGAAUGGUUAACAUUGGUCUUCAAACUGAUCUGCCCAGGACAAGCUUGCACACAAAAAGUUGGUCACCAAGGAGUUCUUUACUCUCUGCAAGGACCAAACAUAUUUCAACUUCACUGGACAAGGUCCACUCUCGGGUGGAGAGGCCUUGCUGCUCUCCCAAGUACGGCUCUCCCAAGCUACAGAGAAGGUCGUCAUCAUCAAAACUAGACCAUUCUAAAGAUCGAAGCCUGUGGAGCCUUCACCAGAACAAACAAAAUGGUUCUGCCUGGGCCAGGUCUACAACCACUCGAGACAGCCCUGUCCUAACCAACGUCUAUGAUGGAUCGUCUAGCCUGUUCAAUGUAGUGGAUCAUGCUGGAAGCACAGAGUCCCUGUACAAAGCAGGUUUGGCUGAGGGCAGAAAUAAAGGAGAGGCCUCCAAGUACGGCGUUGUUCAGGAAUUCUUCAGGAAUGUAUGUGGCCGUUCAGCUCAGGCCCCUAGUACAGGCACCGAGAAGAAAGAGGUAGAAGACGGUAGCAAAAGACCCGAUAAUCAUGACCAAUGUUCAUCUGCCAUGUGCCAUCCGUCUCACAAUGUUUCUAAACUGCUGAGCAAGAGAACCAGCCUAGGAGGUAAAGAUGGAAGCCCCAAGGACCCAGACAUUACUUCCACCUCAGCAACUGAAGAUUACGCCUGUAAUUGUAGCUCACAUCCGGUAACAUCCUGCUUCUCCAGACCUUCCCGCACCCACUCACGCCAAUCCCACAGCAAGUGCCAGCUCCACCAAGAGCCGGGGCUUGAGGAUAAAACUGCAAGUGGAUCAAACUAA